CGGGGCGGGACCGGGCGGCGCUGAGGGCGGGAAGGCGCCGCUGUCCCGAGGGAAGGAGCCGCUGCCCGCAGGGAAGGAGCCGCCCUGUCCCGGCUGUGCCAUGGAGGACGUGCUGCCCUCGGGCCUGCUGGAGAUCUGUCUGCUGGUCGGUGCGCCCACAGAGCGGGUGCGGGCGCUGCUCCAGGGCACUCAAAGAAAACUCAGAAAUCUUCCUCCCCUUGAUCCAGAAGUUCUUUCAGUAUUUGUGCCUCCGUUUAUCAGCAGAGAUGAUGUUCAGAUGAUUUAUGCUGGUAAUAACUUGAGCAAAAGCAAACGCCGCUCCUUCCGAAAGAAAAAAGAGAGACCCAGGGUUGAAAAUGGCAAGGGCCUCAACGGGGAGCAGAAAGCACCUGACACAGAAGAUGUGACAGUUCCAAAGGACAUUGAUCUUAUUGCUUUGCCACAGCUCUGCUUCCCAGGAGGACUUUAUGUAACUUCUGAAUUAAAAGAGGACCACAUCCAUUUCCUGGUCUUCACUGACGUCUGUGGUAACAGAACAUAUGGAGUUGUUGCGCAGUACUACCAAUCUAUGCAAGAUGGCUCCACCUCCUCAAAUGGGCAGGGCCCUUGGGAAUCCGUGCAAACUGGGAAGGUGCCUGCCUGCUUUGUACCCUGUGCUGUUUGUGUUAUAUCCAGAUACCCAUAUUUUAGUGCCCUCAAGGAUUGUCUCUCUUGCUUACUAGUGCAGCUACGACCUUUGAGGGAUUUAGAUGUCGAGGAGCACAUAAAAGAAUUUGCAGCAAAGCUGUUUUUAAUCCCCAGCCCCCCACCAGGAUCACUCCACUUGGUGUUUCAUAUGAAACCACUUCAAAUAAUAAUUCCUUCUCGAGAGGAUCCAGACAGUCCAAUUAUUGACUUGGAUCUCCAUCUUCCAUUGCUGUGUUUCAAGCCAGAGCAGGUGCUGCAGAUCAUGACCUGUAUUUUGACUGAGCAGAGAAUUGUUUUCUUCUCUUCUGACUGGGCUCUGCUGACACUCAUUGCUGAAUGCUUUAUGCUGUACCUUCACCCCCUUCAGUGGCAGCACACUUUUGUGCCCAUCCUAUCCAGGCAAAUGCUGGAUUUUGUGAUGGCUCCAACAUCUUUCCUCAUGGGAUGUCAUAUUGAUCAUUUUGAUGAAGUGAGCACGGAAGGUGAAGAUUUAAUUCUAAUUAAUAUAGAUAAUGGAGAUAUUUCACAUUCAAAAAUGGUUGAAGAGGAACUUGAGAUUCCAGAUGUUCCAGCACAAGCAGCAGAAACUUUCAUAAAAAGAGUGGAGGGUCUGCAGCUGCACUUUGAUCUGGAGCUCUGCCAUCUCCGAGCCAGCACAGACCUUGGUGAGCUCCAAAGCUGCAGGAGGGCUUGGCAGCAGAAACUGAACAUGGAUGUGCAGCAAACCAUGUUGCAGUUAAUUGUUAAUAUCUUCAGGGAGGUGAAAGACCAUCUAAAUUAUGAACACAGAGUGUUCAACAGUGAGGAAUUUCUAAAAACAAGGGCAAUAGGAGACCAGCCGUUCUACAGAAAGGUUUUAGAGACCUACAUGUUUCACUCAUUCCUUAAAGCUCGUCUGAACAGAAAGAUGGAUGCUUUUGCUCGCCUUGACUUGAGUACCCAGUCUGAAGAGGAUAGGUUAGAUUUGAUGUUUCCCACCCCCAGAAGGCUGACAAUAGAGAAAAUGGCUUCCAAGCGCAUGAGUGCCGCGCGCAAGGCCAGCCGGCGCAUGGUGAUCAGCAUGCCCAACCUGCAGGACAUCCACCUGCCAGAGGGCCCCUGCAGGAACUCCUCCCUUCGGAGAGUGGAGAGAGGUGUUGCUAUGAGAACACCCUCCAAAUCCAUCACCACGUUCAAAAUCCCCGAAAUUCACUUUCCUCUGCUGUUCCAAUGUGUUCACUCCUACUACACAGACUUCUUCAACCACCUCAGCAAAGCUAUCAGUACCUUACCCCCUGAGAACUCCGCGUUGCUGGCAAGGUACUUCUACCUCCGGGGCCUUGUUAGCUUGAUGCAAGGGAAACUACUAAAUGCACUUUCUGACUUUCAGAACCUAGAAAAAACAGACUUAAGAAUUUUCCCUACUGAUCUUGUAAGAAAAAUAGUGGAGACCCUGCCUCGCUCGGAGCGCUUGCAGGCAGACCGCAAACCUGAGCUCAAGAGGCUGAUAAGUCGAGUGAUGGAAAAACAAAGGGAAGUUCUGAAAAUGGAUGACCAUGUAAAAAAUUUCGAAUUGCCUAAAACACACAUGCAGCUGGAUGAUUUUGUGAAGAGAAUUCAGGAGUCUGGGAUUGUCAGGGAUAUAGACACUAUCCACCGGUUAUUCGAUGCCCUGACAGUAGGACAGCAGAAACAAAUUGAUCCUGAAACAUUCCGAGAUUUCUACAACUACUGGAAAGAAACUGAAGCAGAAGCUCAAGAGGUGAAUCUGCCACCAGCAGUAAUUGAGCAUCUAGAUAAAAAUGAAUGUGUGUACAAGUUAUCCUGCUCAGUUAAAACCAGCUAUGGUGUGGGGAAAAUAGCUCUGACCCAGAAGCGCUUGUUCCUGCUGACUGAGGGAGGCCGUCCUGGCUAUGUCCCAAUUGCUGCUUUCAGGGAUAUAGAGGAUGUUAAGAGCACAACUGUAGCUUUCCUUCUUUUGAGAAUACCUACUCUGAGGAUUAAAACAUUAUCUAAAAAAGAAGUCUUUGAAGCCAACCUUAAAACCGAGUGUGAUCUCUGGUACCUGAUAGUGAAAGAAAUGUGGGCUGGAAAGAAAAUGGCAUAUGAUCACAAGGAUCCUCAGUAUAUCCAGCAAGCACUGACAAAUGUUCUCCUGAUGGAUGCUGUGGUUGGUGCCCUGCAGUCCUCCAAAAGCAUCUAUGCAGCCUCUAAACUGUCUUAUUUUGACAGGAUGAAAAAUGAAGUGCCUAUGAUGGUCCCCAAAACAACUUCAGAGACACUAAAGCACAAGAUCAGCCCCUCAGCUGGUGAGACAUUUCCACGGGCAAUAGAUGUCUUGCUUUAUACUCCAGGGCAUCUUGACCCUUCAGAAAGACUGGACAAUGCUCAUCCAAAACUCUGGUGUGCUUUAAAUGAGGGGAAGGUUGUGGUCUUUGAUGCCUCUACCUGGUCUAUCCAGCAACACUGCUUCAAAAUGGGCCGCUCUAAACUGACUUGCAUGGUCAUGGUGGAACAGAGUCAAGUGUGGAUUGGUUCUCAGGACUCCAUGAUUUAUAUCAUCAACACCCACAGUAUGUCUUGUAAUAAGCAACUGAAUGAUCAUCGCUCUGAUGUCACAGACAUCAUCGUGGAGAAGAAAAAUGGAACACCCAGUGAAGCAUAUUCCAGCAGUUCAGAUGGAAUGGUGAUUGCUUGGAACAUCAGCACUCUCAAAGUGAACCGUGUCUCUCAGCUGCCCUGCCAAAAUCUCACCUCUAUGAAGCUUCAUAAUGACCAACUGUGGUGCUGUACCAGAAGUUGCAUUCUUGUAGUGUCAACCCAGGAGUUUGGACCACAGAUGAAAAUUGAGCACCACCUGAAGGAUGUGUGUUCCUCUUUCCUUGGCUUCCAGCUCUUUCCAGAGAGAGAUGAAGUGUGGGCCUCUUACUCGGGGAGUAGUGACCUGUACAUUUGGAACACAAAAGACCUUUCAAGUGCCCCGCAAAAGAUUCAUCUUCAGGAUUGCUCUGAGAUUACUUGUAUGAUAAGAGUUAAAAAUCAGCUGUGGGUUGGCAGCAGUGGGAAGCUGCAGGGCAAGAGCAAAGGGAAGAUCUAUGUGGUCAGUGCUGAGAGGAAGAGUGUGGAGAAGGAGCUGGUCGGCCACGCCGAUGCGGUGAAGGCGCUGUGCUCGGCAGAGGACAGGUACGUCCUCAGUGGCUCGGGGAAGGAAGAAGGGAAGAUUGCCAUCUGGAAGGCCGGAUAGCCACGUUAUUCCAAAUGGGUCUGCCUCCUCUGGGGAAAGGCAAAGACCUGGGACUGUGUUUACUUCAGCAUUUUGCAUCUACUUCAACCACCUGCCAGUGUUAUUGUCUUGUAUUUGUUGGGGUUUCCAUCCCUGCAUUGUAGAAAAUGGAAAUCGAAGCAAAUGUUCCCUCACACCUUGUCCUGCUCCUGCACAUUUGGUAAAGGAACAGAAAUGGGAGAAGACAGGUCACUGUCCUCCAGCUGGACAUGAGAUGGUGUGGAGGCUUGGGGUCAUGUUGGCAACACCAGGGCCAGCUCAGUAAUUCCAUGGGAGCUCUCUCUCAGCAGUGCAAGGUUGAUUAAAAAAAGGAUUUAAUGAUGUCUUUACAGCCUGUAAUAGGUGGAAAAGGGCACUGAAAGGAAAAAACCAAGUGCACUUGGACUUACAGAGUUGUCACUGUGAUCAUCUUUGUGAGCUCAGAGCUGUGGGUGGGCAGUGUCCCUUACCCUUGGUGGGAUUUCUGGAGCUGUUUUGUUUAAAAUGCAGGCACAGGCAGGCUCUCCCCACAGCACUGAAAGCUCCUCCAGCUGAAACAAUGUAUUUCCAAUGAAUAUUUUAUUUUUUUUAAAUGUAUUUUUUCUUUGAAAACAAUGCACAGCACUUGGCAUUUGGAACAGUUUGUGAAACUGAUUUUUUUUUUAUCUGAAGCAUUAAUUUAUUUAAUUCCGUAUAUAUUAUACUUGCUUUUGGAAGUACCUCUCAGUCUCUGUGCAGACCAACCUCUGCCCCUCCUACCUUCAGUUCUUGUUUCUGCAAUCAGAGGAACUGCUGUUAUUUUAAGUAAAACCUGCUUCAUUUUUAAGUUCUGCACAGUCCUGAAACCCCUCUUCAAACCCUGGAGCAAGCACCAGGGGCUGCAGCCUGGAGGAGUCUCCAGAGCAGCAUUCCCUGCUUUGUGCCUGAUGCACAGUGGUUUUUCCACUGGUGACAUUUAUCUGCAAGUAAAACAAUACAUCUGUGCAAAACAGUUUUAUCUGCGUCAGUGCGGAGUGGAAAACGGUGUCUAAAAGACUGUAAAUAGAAGGACAAAAUGGGCUGCUACUUUUCUUAAUAAAUAUAAACCAGUGUAGAGCUAAAUAGAAAGGUAUAAACAACUGGAAAAUAUUUUGACUAGAAAUUUUAUGACUCUGUAUAAUAUUUCUGCUGAUAAAAGUUUUUAUCAUAGCAUGGUAACAAAAAUUUACUUUUUUAAGCUUUUAUAUAAAUUUAAAAAUAUUAAACACUAUAUUGAUACUCUG